AUGCAAGGCGCCCUUACCUGAGAAAAGCCCGCAAUUGCACCUUGGACGCAUUGCUUCACUUUCUUGCACCAUAGCUUAAACUGUCAGAAUAGCAUCCCUCCGUCCAUAUUAAUAGCCAAUAGAAUGAAACUCUUAGCGAUUCUCUUAGUGUUUUCAGCGGUGUUCGUGGGGGUGGUACAUGGUCUUACGACGAGGGCGGUGUGUGACACAGAGCUAGGAUGUGGUGCCGGCUGCCACCACGCAUGUCCAUUUGGGUUCCCUUGUCGGUCCGCGGCCGACUGUCUAUCCGAGUCCUGCACUGGAGGCUAUUGCGACAUUGGCAGAGCAUCAACAUCGCCUGGGUCUGCAUCAUCGGCCGCCACUCCUCAGAACCAAGCAUGGGAAUUGCCAGAUCUCAAGGAUGGGCUCAAGUCGUUGAACAUCGUGCAGGAAGGAUAUGGACAAGAUAAUCGCGCUGUGGUACCGGAUCCGUCCGGCGGAGGAAAGCAGGUCUUGAAAGUCUCAUACCCAAUGGGCAGUUACAACCCAGCAGGAUCUAUCUCCGGGGGCACACGGUUUUACGCCAAGCCAGCCGACGUGUCUACAGCCACCGUACUCUCGCUGGAGUACCAAGUGUACUUCCCACUGGGCUUCGAGUUUGUCAAAGGCGGAAGGUUACCAGGGAUCUAUGGUGGCCGCACAGCAUGCUAUGGCGGAGACAACCAUAAUGACUGCUUCUCAACGAGAUACUACUGGCGCAAAGGCGGCGUAGGCGAAAUAUACGUCUACGUCAACUCAGCUGACCAAGUAGACGCCUUCUGCGAAGUACCGCCGCUCAGCACCUGCAACGGCGCCUACGGCAACUCCAUCGGCCGCGGUGCCUUCUCAUUCAAGGCCGGAUCCUGGCAAUCCGUCGUGCAACGGAUCACGCUGAACACGCCCGGGAAGGCCGACGGCCGUGUGCAGGUGUUCAGCAACGGGCAGGAAGUCAUUGACUUUGAUAAGAUUGUUUGGAGGGAUGCGGAGGAUAUUAAGUUUGAGGGGAUCGUUUUUGAGAGCUUCUUUGGCGGCGCGGAUGCGAGUUGGGCUACUCCGAAGGAUCAGACUAUUUACUUUAGAGGGUUGAGCAUGCACUGGGAAUAAGUGCACCGGGGACAUAUUCAAAGCCCUCAUCUCUGCAUAGCGCCUGCAGUAUUUGCCUUGAUGCAGUAUAGAAGGAAGUCCUUUUUAGUGUAAAGUCCUCUUGUUCUAAUGCCCCGCACUGAAUAGUACUCCGUCCGUUGUCAACGCCCCAACCGUCCACAAGCCAUAGAUGGAGUAUCUUAUCACCGGGCAAAAGUGGAUAUCAUACAUAUGAAGGUGGGGUAGGCCUAAUCGGUUGCACCGUAACCACGGAUGCCUUGCGCAAACGCCCACUCAGUCUGAAGUUCACAUGGUUCC